AUGGCCGGCGGCGCCAAGGUGGUUGUCGAGCCCCACAGGCAUGCGGGCGUCUUCAUCGCGCGCGGCAAGGAGGACGCGCUGGUGACCAAGAACAUGGUGCCCGGCGAGUCGGUGUACGGCGAGAAACGCAUCUCCGUCGAGGUGGAGGCCGGAGAGAAGACAGAGUACCGCGUGUGGAACCCCUUCCGCUCCAAGCUGGCCGCCGCCGUGCUGGCGGGCGUGGACAACAUCCACAUCCGCCCCGGCGCGCGCGUGCUGUACCUGGGCGCGGCCUCGGGCACCUCUGUCUCGCACGUCUCCGACAUCGUGGGCCCCGAAGGCGCCCGUAUCGUGGGCCUGAACUCCCAGUACUUCUUGAAAAACGGGGGCAACUUUGUCAUCUCCAUCAAGGCGUCCUGCAUCGACUCCACCGCGCCCCCCGAGGCCGUGUUUGCGCGCGAGGUCAAGAAGCUGCAGGAGCAGCAACUCAAGCCCAAGGAGCAGGUCACCCUGGAGCCGUACGAGCGCGACCACGCCGUCGUUGUGGGCGUAUACCGCGCCUCCAAGAAGAAGGACGCGUGA